AUGUCCAUUAAUCUCCUUGGGGUGGACAGGAUUGGGGAAAAUGUCAUACUCAGAGAAGUGGGGCUAAGGAUGCAGGGGAAGCGCCUAGAUGCUAACCUCAUCUCCCUGGUCCCUGAGAGAAGCUUUGAGGGGCUGUCCUCCCUCCGCCACCUCUGGUUGGAUGACAAUGCACUCACCGAGAUCCCUGUCAGAGCUCUCAACAACCUUCCUGCCCUACAGGCCAUGACCCUGGCUCUCAACCGCAUCCGCCACAUCCCUGACUAUGCCUUCCAGAACCUCACCAGUCUUGUGGUGCUGCAUCUACAUAACAACCGCAUCCAGCAUGUGGGGACCCACAGCUUCGAGGGGCUGCACAAUCUGGAGACACUAGACUUGAACUAUAAUGAGCUGCAGGAGUUCCCCGUGGCUAUCCGGACCCUGGGCAGGCUGCAGGAAUUGGGUUUCCACAACAACAACAUCAAGGCUAUCCCAGAGAAGGCCUUCAUGGGCAACCCUCUCCUGCAGACAAUACACUUUUAUGACAACCCGAUCCAGUUUGUGGGAAGGUCGGCAUUCCAGUACCUGUCUAAACUGCAUACGCUAUCCUUGAAUGGUGCCACUGACAUCCAGGAGUUCCCAGACCUCAAAGGCACCACUAGCCUGGAGAUUCUGACCCUGACCCGCGCAGGCAUCAGACUGCUCCCAGCGGGAAUGUGUCAACAGCUGCCUAGGCUCCGAAUCCUGGAGCUGUCUCAUAAUCAGAUUGAGGAGCUGCCCAGCCUGCACAGGUGUCAGAAGUUGGAAGAAAUGUAA